AUGGCUGAGAUAGUACAGGCCCGGAAGAAGGCGAUCGAAGUCAAGCCCCAGGAUAACAAGAGGUCAACGACGGAUGACCGCAAAGAGAGCAAAAGGUCGAGGACUGAGCGUCGACAAGACAAGGGUGAUCAUCCCUCAGGUAGGGGUGACCGUCGCCUAGAAAGAAGUAAACGAGCAAGCAACCUAGAGUUCACACCUCUGAACACCACCAGGUCCCAGAUCCUUAUGCAGAUCCAAGAUCAUGACCUAAUCCGGUGGCCCCGACCCAUGCUAGUAGGGCCUGAGAAGCAUAACCCCAACAAGUUCUGCCUCUUCCACAAGCAUAACGGGCAUGAUACAAAAGACUGCUACCAACUAAAGAGAGAGAUAGAAAACCUCGUAAGAGCUGGGAGCCUGAACAAGUACAUCAAAGGAAGGCGUGACGGCCGUCGGACCAAGGAAACUGAGGUUGUGAGCGAGAAAGAGAAGAACCAAGAAGAGAUGAAAGGAGGGCGGAUCGAGAUAGGGAGAGAGACUGCACGGAAGAGACUAGAGAUGUACCUGAACAGAGCGGUGGAGAUAGCCAAUCGACCGGUACAUUGGGUAUUGAUAGAUAUAGGGGCAUCGGUGGAUGUGCUCUCCUUGGAAGCCUAUCAACAAUUUGGGUUUGGGGAUGACCAACUCAAGUCGGAGCCUACCUACCUCCAUGGGUUCUCGGGCACCACAGCCUCCAUUAGAGGCACCAUAAGGCUACCGGUCACCUUUGGAGAACAUCCUCGACAGGUGACCAUCAUGGUCAACUUCACGAUCGUUGGGUCCAUGGUCUCAUUCAACGGCCUCCUAGGGCAACCCUCCUUGAUAGCCUUUAGAGGGUUCAUGUCAUCGCUCCACCUGAAGAUGAAGUUCCCCACUGACAACGAAGUGGGUGAAGUCCGAGGAGAUCAGAAGAAGGCUAGAGAAUGCUUUGCCACCUUCGUCAAGAAGAACAAUGGUAACACCAAGGGAAUGGCACUGUGCAUGGAGAACCUGGUCAGCGACCAGAGAGAUGAACAGACAAAGAAGAGAGGUAGGUCGGUGGAAGACCUCGUCCCAUGGCAACUCAGCAAGGAUGACCCUUUCAAGGCGGUACAGGUCGGUUCGUUGUUGAAUGAUGAACAGAAAGAAGAGCUGGCACACCUCCUCCAAACCAACAUGGAUGUCUUCACAUGA